AUGACCCAGGUCAUCCGCGCCAUCUGGCCCUCUUAUCUCGACAUCCCCAACCGCCUGCCAGCGUCCGCAGGCAUCACCAGCCAACAACUCGUCUCACACCUACUUUUCUGGUCUGUGCAAUUUCCCAUCUUGCUUAUCCCACCCCACAAGCUGCGCUGGUUCUUCGUCGCCAAGGCCGUCAUCGUGCUCGCCGCCGGCAUAGGCACUAUCAUUGGCAUGACCCACCUGGCCGGUGGCACAGGUGCCAUCUGGGACCAGCAGCCCACCGUGCACGGAUCGACACGUGCCUGGCUGAUCCUCACGUCUAUGAGCUCUCUGACGGGCGGCUGGGCCACCAUGGCCACGAACGUGGCCGACUUCACGCGCUAUCUCAAGAAGCCCAGCGCUGUCUACUGGCAGAUUUUUUUGGUGCCCUUUGUGUGCACGCUUCUGGGUCUCUUUGGAAUCAUCGCCACGUCCUGCUCCAAAGUGGUGUACGGCGAGUACAUCUGGGACCCUCUCGAGCUGGCCAGCCACUGGAACGGCCCCACGGGCCGCACGGCGGCCUUCUUUGUGGGUGUCGCUUGGGUGAUCGCACAGAUCGGCACCAACCUGUCGGCCAACGUCAUCUCGUGCUCCAACGACAUGACCAGCCUUUUUCCCAAGUACAUCAACCUGCGCCGGGGCGCCAUCAUCACGACGGUAAUCGCAGGCUGGAUCAUGGUGCCCUGGAAGAUUGUUAAUUCGGCGCAGUCCCUGCUAAAUUUCAUGGGCGCCCUCGGCAUCUUUCUGGCGCCCAUUGCCGCCAUCCUUGGCUGCGACUACUGGUUUGUGAAACACAAGGCCAUUGACGUGCCGGCGCUGUACCGGCGCCACGGCCGCUACAACUACGGCAGCAAGUGGGGCACCAACUGGCGCGCAGCCGUGGCGCUGAUCGUGGGCUUUGUUCCCAACCUACCGGGGAUGGCGGCAGCUGUGAAUCCCAAAGUGAAGAUCGGCGGUGCCAAGUACGUGUACGACAUCUUUUAUCUGUACGGAUUCAUUGCGACGUUUGCGCUGUACCUGGUGCUUAACAAGCUGUUCCCGGAUGCGGGCACCGUCAUUCCCGCGGCCAUUCACGAGGAAACGAUCGUCAUCAACGGCCAGGAGACAGUGAAUGAUGGCCUGCACGAAUUUAGCAAGGGGCCGGUAACCUAUAUCUCGUCGGACGAUGCCAAAGUGUAA